AUGGCGAACGCGGGUCAGUUGCUGAGCGUGCUGGGCCUGCUUCUCUGUGGAAUGACGAGUCUCGUGCUAUCCGCAUCCUCCAGCGGCACCACCGAGAAGCCCAUCAUUGGGAUAUUAAUGCAAAAUGCCUCUAUGUGGACGAAUGUGUCUGGGAAGUACUAUAUUGCUGCAUCCUAUGUAAAAUACCUGGAGUCUGCAGGUGCAAGAGUUGUACCAGUAAGGCUUGAUCUUACAACUCAAGAAUAUGAGAAGCUCUUCAAAUCAAUUAAUGGGAUCCUUUUCCCUGGAGGAAGUGUUAGCCUAAAGAACUCAGAUUAUGCCAAAGUGGCCAGAAUAUUUUAUAACUCUGCCCUAAAGAGUUUUGAUGAUGGAGACUAUUUUCCAGUGUGGGGCACAUGCCUUGGGUUUGAAGAACUCACAUUACUGGUGAGCGGUAAGAACUUACUAACACUCACAGAAACUAAGAGCAAGUCACUGCCACUAAACUUCACUGGAGGUAAGUAUUCUGGCAGAAUGUUCCGGAAUUUUCCUGCAGACUUAUUGCUAUCAUUAUCUACUGAACCUCUGACUGCAAAUUUCCACAAGUGGAGCCUUUCCAUGAAGAAUUUUACAUCAAAUAAAAAGUUGAAGUCAUUUUUCAACGUAAUAACUACCAAUACAGCUGACAACCUUGAAUUUGUCUCUUCAGUGGAAGGAUAUAAGUAUCCAGUAUAUGGUGUCCAGUGGCAUCCAGAGAAACCACCUUACGAGUGGGGAGUUAGCAGCAUUUCCCAUUCACCUAAUGCUGUGAAGACCGCAUUUUAUUUAGCAGAGUUCUUUGUUUCUGAAGCUCGUAAAAAUAAUCAUCGCUUUAAAUCUAAAGAUGAAGAAAGGAAGGCACUCAUAUAUCAAUUUCAUCCAAUGUAUUCUGAAAAAUUUUCUUCAUUCCAGCAAAUUUAUCUCUUUAAUUGA